CUCAUAGAAGCCUUCCUGCUAACAAGCCAUUAACACUCCUCCUCAAGUCCUGAGUGCUAUUAUCUUUAAUCCUUCAUGGAAUUUCAAGUUCCCUCCAUUUCCACUCUUCUUGCUUUCCUUCUCUUUCUGAUUGUAGUAUUCAGAAUUACUGUGAAGAGAGUCACUGCAAAUAACUCAACUCCAAAACUACCCCCAGGGCCAUGGCAACUGCCUCUCAUAGGAAACAUGCACCAGCUUCUUGGAUCACUAACUCAUCACAUCCUGAGAGAUUUAGCCAAGAAAUAUGGACCACUGAUGCACCUCAAACUCGGUGAAGUCUCCACUGUCAUUGUUUCCUCCCCAGAAAUUGCCAAACAGGUUAUGAAAACACAUGAUAUCAUCUUUGCUAAUAGACCUUACCUUCUCGCUUCAUGGAUCAUCUCUUAUGAGUCUACAAAUAUUGUAUUUUCCCCCUAUGGAGAUUACUGGAGACAACUGCGCAAAAUUUGCAUCAUGGAGCUUCUGACUUCAAGGCGUGUCCAGAGUUUUCGAUCAAUAAGGGAAGAGGAGACCUUGAAUCUCAUUAGAUCAAUUUCUUCAAACGGGAUAACACCAAUCAAUCUUAGCAAGAAAAUUUUCUCACUGACAUAUGCUAUUACAGCAAGAGCUGCAUUUGGCAGAAACAGAAAAGAACAAGAAGCAUUCAUCUCUCUGAUAAAUGAAGCUAUAAAGCUAGCUGGAGGUUUCAGCCUCUGCGACAUGUACCCUUCUCUGAAAUUUCUUCAGGUGAUAAGCGGAAUGAGACCAAGGUUGGAGAAUAUACACAAAAGAAUUGAUGAGAUACUUGAAAACAUUGUCAAAGAACACAAAGAGAAAGAGAAAAGCACAAAAACCGGAGAGGAAGCAGCAGAGGAGGAUCUAGUUGACAUCCUUCUUAAAUUUCAGAAGCAUGGAGACCUAGAAAUUCCAUUAACCGACAGCAACAUUAAGGCAGUCAUCCUGGACAUUUUCAGUGCAGGGAGUGACACUUCAUCGACAGCACUGGAGUGGGCAGUUUCAGAAAUGCUUAAAAACCCAGAAGUGAUGAAUAGGGCACAAGCUGAGGUAAGAAAAGCAUUUGCUAAAAAUGGAAAUGUGGAUGAAAGUGGUCUUCAUGAGUUAAAAUACCUGCAAGCAGUAAUAAAAGAGACCUUGAGGCUACACCCAUCUGCUCCUCUGCUGGUUCCAAGAGAAUGCAGUGAGCAAUGUCAAGUUAAUGGAUAUGAAAUACCAGCCAAGACCCGAGUUAUAGUCAAUGCCUGGGCAAUUGGCAGAGAUCCAAGAUACUGGACUGAAGCUGAGAAAUUCAACCCCGAGAGAUUUCUUGAUAGUGCAGUCGAUUUCAAGGGGACAAAUUUUGAGUAUAUCCCAUUUGGUGCUGGAAGAAGGAUAUGUCCAGGCAUACUUUAUGCCCUGCCUAAUAUUGAACUCCCACUUGCACAACUGCUGUACAAUUUUGAUUGGAAACUCCCCAAUGGAUUGAAACCAGAAGAAAUAGACAUGACUGAGGCCUCUGGCUUGACAGUAAGAAGAAAACAAGAGCUGUACUUGGUUCCUGUUCCUUAUCAUCCUUCUCCUGUCAAAUAGUAGGAUAGAAGAUAUGCUGAGGUCAAUGGCCAAUGCUUUUGAAAAUGCUGUGCUACAUUUUCGGAGGAGUUUCUUUACGUGGAGCAGUUUGCGUGGAUUGUGGAUAAUGUAUGUAUUGUAAGAAAAUCCAGCCUAUUAGACAUAUAUCAUAUCCCAAUAAAGAAAGUUAUAUAUUGAAAAAAAAUCCACCAUACAAUUUGCGAGUUAUGAAUCAUUGGUGGCAUCUACUGCCAUUCUCAGCAAUUACUUGGUAACUUCGAUUUAUAAGUAG